AUGUUUCCUGGAAAAUGUAUAGCCCACGUGUUUCAUCUCCUUCUGUUUCUUACAGUAACGAAGAUGCCAGAAUUGGUACAGAGCGCGUUCUGUUGUGUCAAUAACCCUGCCGGGGUGUCCAGCCCCAAGGAGACUUUCCUGAGCAGAAAACCCUCUAUCUUCCACGAUGACGACGCCGCGAUCCAGUCGAUUAUCUAUGACAAGCCGCCUGGGGCGACCUUCACCCCGGCAUCAGAUAUUUUUAAGAUCCAUUGGAGCGGCGUCACGGUUGGGGAGGCCAAACAGCGGAUCCGGAACCAGCCCGGCCACGUUCUGGUGAAAGCCACGCACAUCAGCAUUCUACCGCUUGCGCGUGCGCACCUAGACUUCAGUCGCACGGGCGGCAUCGAUACCGGCGCCAAGGAUCUGGGCCUUCCAGCCACCGCAAUCGGCGACGAAGCAGCAGGGGAGUGCGUCACGAGAGUAAUUGCCUCGAACGCCGAGGGUUACGAAGUGGAGGACUUGCUUUACAUUCCCGGCGCUGUUUUCGAUUACAGAGUCGUGCGCGCCGACGGACAGUAUUAUUUGUUGUCCCGUCGUCACCCGUUGUUCAUGUUGAUGGUAUCGUUCCUGGUUCUUCAUCUUGAUCGUCCAGUAUUAAGCUACCAAACUCACCUACAACUUGUUCACCUCGUACCGUCCGAACGUACGAGUUUGCGUCUAAAUACCACACAUCUUAUGCUGUCCCAGUUCCAGAAAGAAAUGUCAGGAACAAAUGUCCUGUUUCUGACAUUAAUUUAGUAGGCUCGUGCUCGUCUCAAGCUGCACCAGCGACACAAAUAUAAAAAAUUGCAGGAAUCUUCAAAGCAAACGGCCGCCGACGAAGCUUCCUCCCGGUGUCGACCCCACGGUUUAUCUCGCCGCAUUCACGGUACCCGGCGGUGUGACUGCCUACCUCGCGUCAGAGCACAGCAACGUUGCGAAGGUCCUCGCGGCCGAACAGCAAGCCAGGGCCGCUUCGGCUGAGACCCGCGGUGUUCCUGCUCCAACAGACAGCGACUCCCCGCCCGUCGUACUCGUUUCGAGCGCCGCUGGGGCGGUGGGCCUAUCGAUAGGGCAGUUGUACAAAAUGAAGGGCUAUUUUGUCAUCGGAUCAACUUCGACGAGAGCGAAAGCCGAGCGGUUGACCACCGAAUUCGGGUUCGAUGCCGCAGUGGCCUACCAAGAGCGCGACGUCGGAAGCGAGGGGAGCUUUGAGGAAGGACUGCGCGCCGCGGCUUCCGAGGCAAAUGGGAAUCACAACGGGCUUAUCGACUUUUUCGUUGACAACGUCGGCGGAGAGCAGCUGGACACAGCGCUGCGCCUUAUGAAGCCACAGGGAAAAGUUCUGACAAUCGGCGCCAUCAGCGAGAUGGAACGCUACAGCACCGGCAACGUGCGGGGCUGCAAAGAGUACCUGCGAAUCCCGGCGAGAGAGCUCCUGUGGGGUGGCUUCAUGGUACGUACUUGAUCAUAUCUGUUGCUUUUGCCCAUGAUAAUUCUGAUUGGCUGACACCCGCAGCCACAGCCAGGUGAAGAGUAAGACGACCUACUUGCUUUCAUCCCGAAGGUUGCAUUUUUUCUACCAUUUUUGCCCUACAUGUUGUUCUCUGUGUUUCCCGUUGUUAACAGUUCGCAAUACAACAAAAUAGGUGAGCGCGCACUUGCAACUCGUUCCCGAAGCCAUCUCGAAAUUGACCCAGUAUGUCGCGGAGGGGAAACUCAAAACCGCUGCAACUGUAAAACGCGGCACCCUUGAGACAUGGUUUUCCGCGGACGACGAAAUGCACAAGUCCCAGGGUUUUGGCCGGACAAUUCUGGAGUUGAUGUGA